AUGGCGAUGAUGAUGACUGGCCGUGUGCUGCUGGUGUGUGCCCUCUGCGUGCUGUGGUGCGGUGCCGGCGGUGGCGGAUGCAGUGAGGCUUUGGUACCUGUUGCCGAAAUAACUGUUGAUUCUGCGAGUGUUGGUGUUGUUACCGACAAAGACACCGAUCGUACGGUGCCUGGUGAACUGGGAAACCCUUCCGUAGAGAAAAAACAGCUGCAAAACGUUGAGGAUUCCGCACCCGGGUCCCCGCAAUCGCAAGCUGGCUUAGAUAUUGAAUUAACAAAACAGCAGCCACACACCGACCACAAACAUACGGAUCCACCGCCACAUUCACAAUCAUUGCAAGAAGAGCGGCGUGAUGGAAUACCCGAGGGUUCGCCAGGGGAAUCGGCGGCUUCACUCAGUCAAGAGGACACGAAGCAUACAUCAAUUGUAAGUCCAGAGCGUAAUGAUCCGCCAUCUGCUUCAAGUAACAACAAUACCGUCAGCAGUAAUAGUGAGGAAGGCACAGAAGGUACUCCGAGCAGUACUGAAAUUAUAGUAGCCGCACCGUCAGAAGACGGCCAGGAAGAUGAAAAUGUCACUCCUUACUUGGAACAACCUCAGGAAACUUCCACAGCCGCACCGGCCAUUACCACUCAAACAAGUUCCAUGACGGCGCCCGAAGAAAAUGAGAGCAACACCGUCAAAAUGAGUGAUGCAUCACCACAAACAACAGUCGCCGCCAACUCAAAUGUUGCGACGAAGCCUGCCGAAAAUGAUGGCAGCACCGCGGUCUCCCACACCACCUCCCCUCUUUUGCUUCUUCUUGUUGUUGUUGCGUGUGCGGCUGCUGCUGCGGUGGUGGCCGCGUGA